AUGCCUCAACUAGACCCAUCACCUUGGUUUGCCAUAUUAAUCUUCUCUUGAUUAGUCUUUCUAGUCGUUAUCCCACCCAAAGUAAUAGCUCAUACUUUCUCGAAUGAGCCCGCUAUACAAAGCGCUGAAAAACGUUUUACAGACCCCUGAACUUGACCAUGACCUUAA